AUCAAAAUAAUCAAAUUCUAUCGUUUGGAUCGGGUGGUAAUUCCUCUAACGCAAACCCCGGCCUAGAUUCUGUAUCACCCCAGCAGAAACUAGAUUGCGUGUAUUUCUCUUCUUCUCUUGUUCGCAAACUGAUAGAUAGUUGCUAAGAGUGUAAGCCAUGGACGUGCUCUCGCUUUCUUCACCAGCAACCCCACGUUUAGCUUCCUCUCUUAGACCCUCUCUCCGUUCUUCUAAAUCCCAUCCUCUUCCUUUCACUUUCAAUCCAAUCUCUUCUCCCCUCAAAAAUUUCCCAUCUCGCAAAACCUCCCUCCAAUCUUCCAAAACCCUAACUCCCCAAUUCUCGGCUCCCCAGACACCCGCCACCGCCAUGAGGGGAGCGGAGGCCGAUGCCAUGGGGCUUCUGCUGAGGGAGAGGAUUGUGUUCUUGGGUAACAAUAUUGAUGACUUCGUGGCUGAUGCUAUUCUCAGUCAAUUGUUGCUUUUGGAUGCUCAAGACCCAACUAAAGAUAUCCGCCUCUUUAUCAAUUGUCCUGGAGGCUCUCUCAGUGCUACAAUGGCAAUCUAUGACGUGUUGCAACUUGUGAGAGCUGAUGUUUCCACAGUUGCCCUUGGCAUCUCAGCAUCAACAGCUUCUAUAAUCCUUGGUGGUGGCACAAAAGGCAAACGCUUUGCAAUGCCAAACGCAAGGAUCAUGAUUCAUCAGCCUCUUGGAGGCGCUAGUGGGCAAGCAAUAGAUGUGGAGAUUCAAGCGCGAGAAAUUAUGCAUAACAAAAAUAAUAUCAUCAGAAUUAUUUCAGGUUUCACUGGUCGCACAACUGAACAAGUUCAAAAGGACAUUGAUAGAGAUCGUUAUAUGUCUCCAAUAGAAGCUGUUGAAUAUGGAAUAAUUGAUGGGGUUAUUGACAGAGAUAGCAUCAUUCCUUUGGCUCCUGUACCAGAAAGGGUAAAACCAACGCUAAAUUAUGAGGAAAUGCGUAAAGAUCCAAUGAAAUUCCUGACGCCGGAUGUCCCUGACGAUGAGAUAUACUAGCUUGUGCCAUUUGAGACAAGACAGGCCCUCAUUGUAUUUUGUUCAUAAAAAGAGCUGGAAGGUUAGUGAGAAACCUCCUACCAAAUGCAUUUGAGAGAUUUUUGCAGAUAAGAUUGCUUUCAAAGAAGCUACUGGACAGGCCAGCAGGAUAGCUAGAUUGCAGAACUUGAAUGGGGCCCUUGUAAGCUUCGUUGUACACUUUUUAAGUUAUUGGAAACUUGACCGUUGAAUUGAUCUUGAAAGACAAUGUGGGUUUAUUAGGAUAAAAUUUCACCUCCAAGCAGUGUGCAAUUUCUUUCUUCUCAUAGUUGAUUGAGAAUUAGAUUUAACGUGGUGCUUUCCUACAUAAUUUGUAGUAUCCUUUUUGUAUUGUGCUGCUCUUUGAGUCCUGUAUUUCCAACAUUUGCGGUUGAAAUAAAAAAGAAAAAAUUACUUUUUA